AUGAAAAUAAUCAUCAUAUUCUCAGUACUUGCAUUUAUCAUCUUAGCAGCCAGUUCAGCUCCUGCUCCCGUGGUGCUCGAUUUCUAUGGACAAAGCCUCCGCGCAAGGGCCAAAUACUACAUUAAAUCAGCAGAUGAUGACGAUUUGGCUGGCGGAUUCGGUCUGGUGGGGGUCCUAAACAAGUCUUGUCCAGCUGUAGUUGGACAAAUGACAGAUAAUAUGGGCCUCUGGUUAACUUUCCAUCCGGUCGACCCCAAGGAACGCGUGAUCCGUCUUUCCACAGAUGUUAACAUUAAGUUUUCAGGUUCCAACAGCUGUCAUGAGUCCAAUGUAUGGCAGUUGAAAUAUCAUAAAGCUCUGGAACAGUAUGUUGUGAUGGUGGGAGGUGUUGAAGGAAACCCGGGGCCAAAAACGGUGAAUAACUGGUUUAAGAUCGAACAAGGUAUCUAUGGCGGUUAUAGGUUGGUUUUCUGCCCGAGCGUCUGCAGCGACUGUAAGGUUAUUUGCGGGGGCAUUACUACCGGCCCGGAUGUCGAAAAUCUUGCACAACAUCAAGGGCCACCUUUGAUAUUCUCUAAUAGUACUGAUCCGUGGCCUUUCUCUUUCUACUUCAAAUAUUAAUUAUGUUAAGGGCUGAUGCUUGUUAUAACCUUUUUUGUUUGUCUGUUGUUGUUUCUUUCUGCAGUUUGUUUCUCUAUCUUUUUUGGCUGUAGCCCUCUUAGUUCCUUGCUGAGAGGGAUUUUGUUUGGUUGAAUAUAUAAAAAAGUUUCAUCUUGCCUUUCAAAAUAAAAUGU